GCUGUGAGACGACUCGGUGGAGAUGACGUCUGUGUGUCAAAGUCCAGACUACAGCUGAGUGUAUGGAUCAACAUGGAGCAAAAGAAGAAGGUUCUUUGUGUAGGCCUGGUUUGUCUGGACAUCAUCAACGUAGUUGACAAAUAUCCCGAAGAAGAUACCGAUAACAGGUGUUUAUCACAGCGCUGGCAGCGAGGAGGAAACGCUUCAAAUUCCUGCACGGUACUGUCGCUGCUCGGAGCUUCCUGCGCCUUCAUGGGCUCACUGUCUGCUGGACCUGUGGCUGAUUUUAUUAUGGAGGAUUUUCAGAAGUUCCACAUUGACGUGUCUCUGGUGUCUGAACACACUCAGUGUGCCCUUCCAUCCUCUGUGGUCAUCAGCAACAUCAGCACAGGAAGCCGCACCAUCCUCCACAUGAACAGGAACCUUCCUGAUGUCACAGUGGAGGAUUUUUCCAAAGUCGACCUCAAUCAGUUCAAGUGGAUCCACUGGGAGGGCCGAAAUGCUGAGGAGCAGGUGAAGAUGAUCCAGCAGGUAGUGAUAUAUAACAGCACAUUACCAGAGCAACAGAGAAUCACCAUCUCCGUGGAGAUAGAGAAGACCAGAGAGCCACUGUAUCAGCUGUUUCCUCACGGCGACGUGGUGUUUGUCAGUAAAGAUGUAGCUCGUCACUUUGGCUUCCAGUCGGCUGAAGCUGCUCUGAGAGGACUCUACAGCCGGGUCAAACAGGGGGCUGUCCUGGUGUGUGCCUGGGGAGAAAAAGGAGCCGAUGCUUUGGGUCCUGACGGUUUCAUCGUUCAUUCAGACGCUUUUCCUCCUGAAACUCUGGUCGACACUCUCGGAGCCGGAGACACUUUCAACGCCGCCGUCAUCUACACACUAUCCAAUGGUGGACGUUUGCAGGACGCUCUGACCUUCGGCUGCAGAGUUGCCGGCAGGAAGUGUGGUUUCCAUGGUUACAGCAGCAUCUGCAAAAAUUUCGCAGACAAGUGACCAGAGAGUUAAAAACUGGUUUGUUUCAGCUCCUAACUGUGGCUGAUUUACAGAACUGAAGCGAAACUCAGAGAAGAAACUUUUAUUUUUAAUGACUGAAAUAAUAACAAAGUAUGACAUUAUGUUUAACAAAAUCUAAAUAAUUAUCAGUUUGAAAAGUUAAGCUAAAUAAAAAACUGUGACAAAUCUGUUUAUCACAUCAACUUGUGAAAGAGCUGUUUACAAGCAUGAACUGAUAUAUAACUGAUUAAUAAACUGAUAAUUAACUGAUAGUUACCUGAGGUUAAGUGAUAAAUAGCUGUUAGUUUACUAAUAGCAGUUGAUUAUCAACUGAUAUAUUCAUUGAUUUUAUUUGAUAAUUAACUAUUAUCAAGCUGCUAAUUAAAUGAUACUGUUUUUACUUUUUGAUGCAAUUAGUUUAAAUGAAGUAAAAUGAGUUUGCUGCUGUAUUUUUUUUACUAAAUGAGAAUAAAA